UUUAUCCUCCACAACGGAUACGAGACAACAGGAACACAAGGAGAUGCAGACUGAACCUGACCAAAAUUGCAUGGAAAUGGAACGUGAAGUAAAAAGGCUGCGGUCAGAUCUUCACGAGGCGAUCGAAACCCGAGACUUUUACAACGAGCUGUUGGAAGAGAGUAAUGCGUUGUUAGAAAAAAUGUCAACGGAGAAUGGCCGAAACGAUACCCCUACGACUCAGAUGUCAAUGUUAAAGACGCUAGAUCAACUGAGGGCUAAGAACAAAGAGCUACAAGCUGAGUUUGACAGCGUCAAAGCAGGAAAAGAGGCUCUCGCCGCUAGAGUUGAAGAGCUUGAAAAUGCAGGGACAUGUAACACUGCCACUCAAAUUAAAGCAGAUUCCUUACAAAUGGCAUUAGAGGAGAGUGAGAGAGAGAGGAACCGACUGCAUCAAGAUCUGAAAGAGUUGCAAAAGGUGUGCACUAGUCUUGAAAGCGAUGUGGCUCGAUUACAGAAUAAAAUUGCCAACGCUAGGCAAGAAGAUAUUCAGUCUGAGGAGGAAAAGUCUUUUUGUCAGCAAGAGGCAUCGGAGAAGAUAAGACAGCUGGAGCUUCAAAUAAAAGAAAUGGAAGAACGGUUAUCUGGUGUAAAUGAGCAAGAAGGAAGACUAACGGAGGCCAUUGACGAAAAGGUUCAGUUGGAAGAAAGCAAGAAACUGGAAAUUUCUUGCUUAGAAGAAGCACUCGAUGAGAUGACAAAAGAAAAAGGACAACUGGAACAAUCCUUGCAAAUGUGGAAAGACAAGUGUGCUAGUCUAGAAACAAAUGCGGCUCUUUGUGAAAAGGAAAAGUUCUGCCUUGAGGAGAAAAUGACGUUUGCCAAGGAAGAAGCUUCUGAGAAGAUCAAGAAACUUGAGGAACAAGUGAAAGAAAUGGUGGAAAGAAUAGCUAGUGUAGAUGAACAAGAAGGGAUGCUGACAGAGGUGAUUGAACAGAAGUUACAGCUAGAGGAGAACCACAAUGUUGAAAUGACAUCUCUUAAAACGGCUCUCACUAACUUAGAGGAAUCACUAGAUGAAGUAACAAAGGAAAAAGGAAGAUCUGAAGAAGCCUUACAACAGUGGAAAGACAAGUGUGCUCGUCUCGAAACCAAUGAAGCUCGUUAUGAAGAGGAGAAGCUUCGCCUUGAGGAGAGGAUGGCGUUUGCCGGGGAAGAAGCCUCAGAGAAGAUCAGGAAACUUGAAGAUCAGGUGAAAAAAAUGGCGGAAAGGCUAGCGAGUGUAGAUGAACGAGAAGGGAUGCUGACAGAAGUGACUGAACAGAAGCUACAGCUAGAAGAGAAUCACAACGUUGAAAUAACAUCUCUUAAAAUGGCUCUUACUGGCUUAGAAGAAUCACUAGAUGAAGUUACAAAGGAAAAAGGAAGACUGGAAGAAGCCUUACAACAGUGGAAAGACAAGUGUGCUAGUCUCGAAACCAAUGCAGCUCUCUAUGAAGAGGAAAAGCUUCGCCUUGAGGAGGGGAUGGCGUUUGCCGGAGAAGAAGCCUCGGAGAAGAUCAGGAAACUUGAAGAUCAGGUGAAAGGGAUGGAGGAAAGGCUGACGAGUGUAGACGAACAAGAAGGGAUGCUGACAGAGGUGACUGAACAGAAGUCACAACAAGUUGAGAACCACGAAGUUGAAAUAACGUCUCUUAAAACGUCUCUUACUUUCUUAGAAGAAUCACUAGAUGAAGUUACAAAGGAGAAAGGAAGACUGGAGGAAGCCUUACAACAAUGGAAAGACAAGUGUGCUGGUCUCGAAACCAAUGCAGCUCUUUAUGAAGAGGAGAAGCUUCGCCUUGAGGAGAGGAUGGUGUUUGCCGAGGAAGAAGCCUCAGAGAAGAUCAGAAAACUUGAAGAUCAGGUGAAAGAGAUGGAGGAAAGGCUAGCGAGCGUAGAUGAACAAGAAGGGAUGCUGACAGAGGUGAUUGAACAGGAGUCACAGCUAGUAGAGAGUCAUGAACAGGAAGAAACAUCUCCUAAAAUGGCACAGGGGGAGAUCUCUGAAGAAAAAGAAAGUUUAGAACCGUGGAAGGAAAGGUGCUGCACUCUCGAGAGCGACAUGACGGGGCUCCAGGAUGAGAUGGCUUGUGUAAAAAUGGAGAGACUGGAGGAAAGCCUGUCUAGCGUCAAAGAGGAUGCUUCCGUGAAGAUGAAAGAACUGGAGAUUGAGCUGGAAACGUUGAAAGGAAAAUUGAGCGACGAGGAUCAGAAUAAACGAAUGUUGGCAGAAGUAAACGAGCAAAAAGGGAACUUAGAAGAAAUCGUUGCACGUUUAGAAACAGAACUGGCUCAAAGAAAAGAUUUGAACGAAGACAAAUGUAACAUUGAAGCGCGCUUCAAACAAUUUAAGGAAGAAAAGGAAGCGGAAAUUAUGGAACUGAAGAAAGAGAUACAAGGACUUCAGGAUCAGCGGAAUAUAAGUUCAUACGGUGUCGAAGAAAAAGACAUGAUGAUGGAGCAAAUGAUUGACCAAAAACGGGAAAUGGAAGCUAAAAUGUCUGAUCUUCAAAUGCAGCUCGACAACGUAAAUAACGAAAAGGAAGAGUAUGAACAAAUGUUAAAUAAGGUCAAGAAAGAAAAAGAUGAGAUUAGAAACGAUUUAUCAGAGUCCAUUUCUGAUUCCGCCGAAUUGCAGAAGGACAUGUUAGACAUGCAACAGAAAGUGAAGCGCUACAAGGAACACAUUUAUGAACUUGAGAGCGAACUACAGCAGCGAGCAGAGCUCUUAGCAUCACACGAACAGAAGACUGAAGAACUUCAAAAUCAACUCAGCGAAGUGAUGAAGCAGCUUGAAAACGUAUCCCAAGACGUGAAUAAGAAACUGCUAAGCGAAGAACAGGCUUUAGAUCAACAGAAUGAGAAGAAGACAGAUGAUGAUAUGCUCGCCUCUAAACUGAGAGCAGAACAAGAGCGGGCUCAAGAAGUUGCAGAUGAAUGCAAUACGUUGAGGUUAUCUCUGGAAAAUGUCCAAAAUCGAAAUGAGAUUUUAAAGUCUGAGGCAGAAGAGACGAAGCAAGAAGUGGAGAAACAACGACAGGAAAUAGAGAGCUUAGAGUUGCAGCUAGUAGAGUCUAAACAAGCUUAUGAUUUGUGCAAGGAAAAGCUGGAGGAGCAAAGAGAAAAGUGCGAAAAACUUGUAAAGGACCUGAACGAGAUGAGGACCUCUGAAAGUCUAUCAAAAGAGCCAUCAGGGAGCUUAGCCUCUGAGUUGGAACUGCAAAAGGCAAAGAAUGAAAGCGAGGAACUUUUUAAGGAGCUGGGAGAGGAAAAGAAAGCUCACGAAACACUCAGGAAGGAACACGCAUCUCUUCUUGAAGAAUUACAACACUUUAAAGAUUCUCUUUUGAGAGAUACCAACCGUGGAAUGGACCAGCAGAGACUGAUUGACAAGAUGAAGGCAGAAAGGCGGGAGACCAUCUGUGUACAAGCACAGCAACGGCACGAACUUGAAAAUGAUUUGUCCGAAGCCGAGAAAAAGGUUUCUGAGUUGGAAGCACAGUGCAACUUCUUGAAAAGCGAAAGAGACGUUCUGGAGCACAGGAUCGAAGCGGCCAAUAAGAAAGUUGAGGAAACCAAGCAAGAGAUGCGUGACAUGGAGAACCUAUACAGCUCACAAAACGUACUGUCCGUCACGCAUCGUGACGAUGACAGCAAGGUGUUACACAAGUUGAAGCAGAUGGAGUUGAACGUUGAACUUACGAAACAGAAGUGCGAAAAAGCGGAAGGACGGGUGAAGGAGUUGGAAAGCGAGAACCGACAGCUGAAAGGCGCAGACAUACGCAACGGAGCAUUGGUGGAGGAGCGCGACAGUUUAAAGCAGCAGGUCCAACAAAGCAAACAGGUUUUGAACGAGAAAAACAAGAAGGUAAAUGAACUCUCCAUUGAGGUGACUCAGCUGAAAGCGCACGUGGAUAAACUGACGGAUGAAAAUAAGAAAAGUCGAAGCCAAAUGGAGAAGAAAGAUAACAAGAUCGACCAGAUGGAGCAGAAACUAUGGGAGAUCGAGGAAGACCUUAAGAUUGAAAGGCAACGUAACUUCGAACAAAAAGCACAGGAUUCUGCUGUUGAGGAACUGAACUCUACCAUUCGAGUGAAACACGAAGAACUAGAACAUAUGACGUUCUUGGUAGAUGAGAAAGAAGUUGAAAUUGCCGAGGUAAGGUGCGCUCUUCAACAGAACGAACUGAAGCAGUCUGAAAUGGCCGUAGAAUUCCAAAAAAACCAAGAAAAAAUAAAUGAGCUUGAAAGUGAAUUGGAAUAUGCGAAUGAAAGUCUUCUUGAGGAAAAGAAGGGCCGCACUGAGGCAGAAGCCAAAAUUGCUGAACUUAGAGAAAUGAUAAAACAGCUAGAAGAAGAAAUGAUCUCAGUAAAUAAGAAGAUGGAGACCCAGAAUGGCAAAAGUGAGUCUCAAAAACAGGAGCUUACAUCGAAAACUGAAGAGUUCGAAAAAGAAUUGGAGGAUAUGCAGCACAAGCUUCUAGAGGUGGAGAGUGAACUAGAGUUUACCAAAUCAAGCCUGGAGAACGUAGAGGCUGAAAAGAUAGAUCUGAACACCAGGGUUGAAAAGGCUUUGAAGGAGAAAGAAUUGUUGGAAGAAAAACUUCAAGAGUUGACGACCUCAUCUGAGAGUCAAAAGAACGCUUUAGAUCAAGAGAUCGACGAGAUUCGAGAAUCACUUUUGAAGGAGAAAAAGAUUGUGUCUGAGCUCGAAGACAAGCUUCUUAUUGCAGAGAGAAGUAGAGAUGCAGCCGAAUCGGAACUUCGUCGGGUUCUUGCCGAUGAGUGUGCGAGCGUUUCUAAGGAGGAGAUGGAAGGAAGACUUUCUGCUAUUAUGAAUUCAGAAAAUGAAUUGCGCCAAGAAUUGGAGAAGGAGAAAGAAAAGAGUGCGACAUUAAUGGAACAAGUUGCAGAGUUAACAAGUGAGAGCGAGAAAUGGGAAAGUCUUGCAAAAUCCAAGACUAUUCUUCUUGAGGAAGAAACGAAAAAGUGGAUGGAAGAAAUUGCCUCCAUGACUGAGCUUCGCCAAGAACUGGAAAAGGAGAAAGCUACGAACCAACUGUUAGAAGGUCAAGUAGAAAAAACUUUCCUCGAAGCUGAAUCAAAAGCAAAGGCCCUUGAAGAAGAGAAGAAUAAACAAGAGGAAGAAAUGGCCCAAAUCGUCGAAGAACUCAAAGACGAGAAAGAGAAGCUCCUGGAACAAUUGCGUGAGAUCAGCGCCUUGAAAGUGAAAGAGAGUGAAGACUGCUACGCGGAAAAGAACGACAGAAUCAAAGAAUUGGAGGAGAAACUUGCUACUGCCUCCCAAAACAUCACGGACUGUGAACAAAGCAUCCAACAUUACCAGCUAAAGCUGGCCAAGGCCGAGUAUGAACUGGAGACUACUGUGGCCAGACUUACCCACCUCGAAAAACAGAAUACUACGAAUGCCAUGGACUCCACUGAGGUUGAAAACUUGAGAAAGGAGUGCGAAGCCGCUAAGAAAAAAGCCCAGGAAAAUCUUCAGAAAUACUUUAAGGAGUCAGAUCGCCUGAAGGCCAUCAUAGACGAAAUGCAGGAUGAAGAAGAGGAGCAUCUUCGACGAAUUGAAGAACUUGAAGAAGGUAGAGCCAAAAAAGAUGCAGAACUAACCCAACUUCGUUCAGACCUCGCCCAAAUAAGAGAAACUGGACAAAAUUCUACGCACGCUGGAGAUCAAAGUGAAAUCGAAGCGCUCAGAAAAGAGUGUGACGCUGUUAAGAAGAAAGCUAAGGAUACGAUCGACAAGUAUUUGACAGAGUGCAACAGACUUAAGGCUAUAGUGGAUGAACAACAAGCAAUUAUCCACAAAGCGCAAGAUGUAAAGAAAAUUCAAGAAGAAAUGGAAGCUUUGCGAAUCGAGUUAGCACAAAAGAACAUGCAGAUUCAGUCACUACAAUAUGACUUGUACAAAUUGAAAGAAAAUACGACAAUGAAACGAAGUCACUGAAGAAUGAGGUGGAAUGGGGCCUAGAAAAAGUCGGAUCGCUGAAACUGGAGAUAAAGAGAUUGAGGGAACCUGAGACAGAUGAUACUAUUAGUAUAAUGAGGGGUCAACCUGUCGCGUCCAACGAUAAGGAGAACAAUGAAGUAGGAGUCGUGUCUAAUGUGGCUAUUUAUUCUCUCAAGGCUAAGCUUGGAAAACUCGAAACUGAAACGCAAACUUUGAAAGAAAAUGUGAAAAAAC